GCUUUCUCUAAUUGUCGAAUGCCAUUACCAGCUGAGUUGUCUCUCGAAUGGUGGAGAAAAUCAUGGAGCGGGAAACAGCAGCGGCAGCAGCUCGCGCAGAGACCGGCAAGCACCGGGGAGGCACAGGGGCUGAAACGUCGACCACCGUCAAGGCGAUCUACGACUACGAGUACACGAACGCGAACGGACGGCGCAUCGUCAUGGUCGAAGGCGACGUCUACCAUCUCGUCCAGAAGCGAAAUGACGAGUGGUGGCAGGUGCGCAAGCCGGGCGAGCCGUCGCCCUUCUACGUGCCGGUGGUCUACGUGAUGGAGCUGACCGCCGACUGCGACUUGCCAACGGCCCAAGGGGAUGCCCGUGGCGUCAAGGAGGACCCUGCCACGUGCGAUGAUCGUCACGUGGAUGCGAAGGAAGGGAAGAGGGUGAUGAGUCUGGAGGGCCUGGGCCAUGAACAGGAAUCUUCCUCUGGCAGUAUUUCAGAGGCUGGCAGGCUCAGCUGUGAUGGUUCGAGUCCGGGCAGCCCAAUGAUGGAAUACGAACAAUCGGUCAGAUCGAGAAACAGAAGCCUUCGCUGCUGCUCGUCAUCAGGCAAUAGUGUCAGUGAUGCCAGAGAGUGUUUUGAGAAUUACAGCUCUACAAGAAGCAAAAGUACAGUUAGUGAUACGAGCUCAUCUAAAACCAGUCUGAAGACAAGGCUGUUGUCGGCCACCGAAGACAGCGAAGUAUUCGACUUGAGUUCCCCUACGAACGGCGAGGGUUCCACAAAGGACCUCGUGGAACGGGCGGAUUUUCUCGACAAUGACGACGACGACGGCGGCGACGACCAAUCGGUGGGCAGCGCGCCGACGUCCAAAUCGCCGCACGUGUCCCUGAACGACGACGGCGACGGACCGGCCGAAUCGCCCCUCUACGCCAACCUGGGCGGCAGCCGGGGAGAGGAUCUGCGAGAGGCCCCGGGCCGACCUCCGGCGGGCGAGGAGGCCCUCCGUGCCGUCGACGGCUGGGAGGAGCACUGGGACGACGGCGCGGCGCGCGUCUUCUUCUUCAACCGCGCGAGCGGCGAGACCAGCUGGAAGCCACCGCGCAGGGCCGCGAGCACGUCUGUGGGCGACCUGCUGACGGUGGAAUGCAAAGAUGAGCAGUUGUACUCAGAAAUCACCUACAGUGACGCGGCAGUACCACAUGGCUGGCAAGAAAUCAUGGGGACAGAUGGAAACGUCCUCUACAUCAACGAGGAGACACAGGAGCAGUGGACCCGAUUUGUGGAUACCGCAACAGGAUCUGUGUACUUCUACAAUGAAAUAACAAACCAAUCAAGCUGGGAUUUGCCAAAGGGUGGCUUUGCGUCGGAGUCGGAUGAGGCGACGUACGAGUGUCUGCGAGACUUCGCCCGCCACACCCUGGCCCCGCCGAUCACCUUGGGCCACGAGCUUCCCACGGUCGAGCGGAGCAAAUCUUUCUCGUCGGCCAACCGCGACAGCCUCAUCAAGCCACUCGGGGCAGAGCACAAAGACAAGGGACACAGAAGAUCUCGAUCUGGGAACUUCAACGUAUCAGAUUACCUGACACCCGUCACAAAUAAAACCAUCAAACAGGGCACUUUAAACAAAGCAAAAAUUGUGGAAGGCGGCAAAAAGCUAAGGAAAAGCUGGUCAAACGUCUUUGUUACUCUAACAACUUCAACUAUAAGCUUCAAAGAAAGUGGACCUGGCUGGAAACUGGCCUCAAUGUCCACGAAGGGAUUGCACGCCGUUUGUCUUCGUGGGGCUCGGAUCGAGGCGGUACGUGACAAGUCGAGCAAGAAGAACGUCAUGCAGAUGACCACCGUCUCUGAAGAUGUCUAUCUGCUACAGUCAGAUAAAGAAGAAAACGUCAAUCAGUGGCUUCAGGAGAUCCAUAAAGUGACUCAAAAUCUGCUCCCAAACAGCUCAAAUGAUGACUCUGACAGCAAGUUGACAGCUCACGAUGAAGUCACUAGUCUACCCAAAAUUCAGCCAACUAUCACCCGGUCUAGCAACAGAGAGAGCAGGUUUCUACACUUAGGCAGAAGAGUCUCCACCAUAGAUAACAAAAACAAACUGAAAAAUCUCAUCUCAAGACGACCUACGAGGAAAGACUUGGAAGAAAAAGGCAUCAUCAAAGAACAAGUCUUUGGCUGCCCCCUGCAGACUCUCUGCGAGCGGGAGGGAUCCACGGUGCCCAACUUUGCCAGGCUCAGCGUUCAAUGCGUGGAGAGGAAAGGUCUGCAAGUGGACGGGAUUUACAGGGUCAGUGGAAAUCUGGCCACUAUACAGAAGUUGAGAUUCAUCGUGGACCAUGAGGAGAAGCUGGACCUGGAGGAGCCGCAGUGGGACGAUGUGCAUGUCAUCACAGGGGCCCUGAAGAUGUUCUUCCGGGAGCUUCCAGAGCCCCUCUUUCCGUUCAAGUUCUUCCCUCACUUCAUCAAUGCCAUCAAAAUAAAAGACUAUGCUGAAAAGAUUCGCUGCAUGGGGAAACUGAUCGCAAUUUUGCCACCCACCAAUCGUGAAACCAUGAGACUGCUCUUCAACCACUUAGCAACGGUUGUGGCACAUGGGAAGACAAAUCGCAUGUCAGUGCAGAACCUGGCCAUUGUAUUUGGACCAACUUUACUCCGGCCGGAGCAGGAAGUGGGUCAUUUUGCACUGCACAUGAUGUACCAGAACCAGAUCGUUGAACACAUCCUGACAGAGCACAAAACCUUCUUUCCCGAGUGAUGAGUAUGAUCAAAAAUAAAUGGGCAGAAACCACGCUGCAGCCGAUCGGCAAAAAAUGUCCUCAUCUCCAGCACAACGUAUGAUUGAACGGGAGAAGUUCUACUUUUCAAAAAAUAUAUAUGUUAAUAUAUUAUUCAGACACAUGUUGCUCAAUAAAAAAGCACGUGUUCAUCAAAGCAAGACCUUGCUUAGAUUUCUGCUGGCCUUCAUCUUAAAUUUUACUUGCUAAAGUUUUGACAUGUGCCGUUGGGCCAAACUUUUAACGAGGGACAUUUUACAAAUUGCGCAACACUGGUGUUGAAAAACCUUGCAGAUGAAUCACUGGUGGCAAUCGCUUCUGCGUACCUUACGAAGUGACCUUUAUUCCAUUGCCUCUCCACUGCUGUCUGAAGACCUCCUUGUAACCGUAUCAGUUAUCGGUGCUGUUUGACCAUAAUUCAUCAUGCAGGUCCAUACUUCUUGCUGAAGGAGGGACUCAGGCCUGGUUCAUAUAUCACUUGCGACUCACGUUUUCCGUGGCUUGGAAUCAAACUAUAGGUUCUGCGGUGCGCGACCUGCAUUUGAUUCCUGGCCAUGGUUGGCAUUAGUCACGGGUGAUAUUUGAACCAGUCCUGAGCCCCCCCCCGAUUCACCAACUGUCACCGACAAAGGAAUGUAAUUUACUCUGAUGUGUAGUAUUGCAUAAAUUAAAGUACAACAAUUACCUAUCAUGAAUCCGAGACAGCCUGCAGUCACGUUUCCCCAGUUUUAACAAUUGUAGAAGCAUUGCAUGUCAGUUCUGUAUCUUUUCAUAAUAAAUAUUGAAAAUAUGAUUCAAAGUUUUACAUAUGUCCCGUGUAACAAUAGGUAACCAGGUAUUUUAUAAGAGGUCAUCUCCAUGGAUUAUCACCAGGUCACUCUUAGUGCAAUAAAUGAAGAAUCAAUUAAUAGCACAUUGCACCAACAAGUAUUAUUGUUAUCACAAAAGAAAGACACCUGUAUUUGAAUUGGAUGGAACACGGUUAUGUAAUCUUAACUGUUGCAUUGUACAGUCUGCGAAAAAAGAAAACAUUGGAAUUACUGGAUAGUUAACAGUGAUCUAUUGGAUUCCAUCAGAUUGUGAGAAUGUUUACAAGUAUUCGGCACGAAAUAUGAUUCUAGUAUUUUGAGCAAAUGAAAAAAGUUCAUGUGAAUUGGUCAAACGUAUUUGCACAGUUUUACACAGCAGGUGGCAGUCAUACACAGCACAAAAAUGCAUUAAAUGCAAGUACGUACACUUAAUAAUGGCAGCGUGUGCAGUGCCAUAUUGUACAAAAAGCUCCCAAAAACACAAACAAACAAAAAUGUGUUUUUAAAUGAGUUACACUUCUAUAAGUAUUAUGGUACAAUUUUGCAUGUAUAAAAGUUUUAAAUAUUUUAAAAUGUCAAAAAAGCAUGUUGUGCAAGUUGUAAAUGUGACUUUUACACAAUUGACAAUACAAACACAUUUUCCCGUGCAGAUAACAAAUGUAUGCAAUCGAAAAAAGUUGUCUUCCAUUGUUGAGCGAUUGUUUUUGCAUUAUAAAUGUAACUUUUCUUGAUUUAAUGAAGUACUUAAAAUGCUUUUUUUUUAAAUAAA